GUGCUUGUUGCCGCUGCUGCUCAGCUUCCAAAAACAUUGUGAGGAAAAAAACAAACGUGGAUGGAUGGAUCCAUUACUUCUGAACGUCUUUUAAUAUUCGUAGUUAACUGAAACGUUUCGGAUGGCGGAGCGCGACUGAUCUGAAUGUUUGAGUCGCACGCGGAUUCCACGCGCAGAGAAUCAAAGUCUCCCAAACGUGCCGUACAUAGCUGCAAAAACAUGGAUGUUCUGGCCAGUUACAGUAUUUUUCAAGAACUUCAACUCGUUCACGACACUGGUUACUUCUCCGCGAUGCCAUCUCUGGAGGAAAACUGGCAGCAGACAUGCUUGGAGUUGGAGCGCUAUCUUCAGACAGAACCCAAGAGACUCUCUGAUCUCUUUGACGAAGAACUAGAUGGCUUUCUCACCCCCUCCUUCUUGAAGGAUGAUGGUGAUGAAGAUCUAUUUGACCCCCUCCUUCCCAGCCUUAACAAUCCACCCAGCCCUCCUCCUCCUCACCUCACUCCACGCAAGGAACCCCUUUCUUCCUCUUCCUCCACUUUGACUUCUCCAGACAUUACCUUAGGGGUCAACGCGGCCCAGUUGAAUGCUGUCACCUCGCUAACACCGCCCUCAUCCCCGGAACUGGGCCGUCACCUCAUCAAACCCACCCACACACUCAGUGCCUCGCCCGACGGGACUCUCACGCUAAAGUUAGUGGCCCGAAAGGUGGGUUUGAGUACCGCCAAGUUUGUGGCAGCCCAACCUGUUCCACUCUCUCCACAAAAUGGGAGCAGUGGCGUACAGAGUGACGGGGAACAGGGUGGCACCGUGGGAAAUAGCGAGAUGGCAGAGAACAAGAAGAGGGUCCAUCGCUGCCAAUUUAACGGGUGUCGGAAGGUCUACACCAAGAGCUCACACCUGAAGGCACAUCAGAGGACACAUACAGGGGAGAAGCCGUACAAGUGCUCAUGGGAAGGCUGCGAAUGGCGGUUUGCGAGGAGCGACGAGUUGACAAGGCACUACCGCAAACACACCGGCGCCAAGCCUUUCAAGUGCAAUCACUGCGACAGGUGUUUCUCACGAUCAGACCAUUUGGCACUGCACAUGAAGAGGCACAUCUGAGGAGAAGGAGGAAAAAUGGCAAGGUGGAGGAAGAGACAGAGAUGAGGUAGAAGGAGAGAAAGAGAGGGAUUAUGGGAAGGAGUCGGAUACCAUUCAGGCCAUUCGCCCUGCCCACCAGAGAGAAGCCCCCAUGAGGGACCGAAAGAGGGCCAUAAUCAGCACGGGCUGAGCUUUGAUUAAAAACAUUUGACUAUCGGGAAUGGGCUGAGCCAAAUACAAGGACAUCUGUGUUAUCAACUACGAGAACUAGAUAAUAAAUAUGGAUAUAAGAUGGUGAUACAACAGCUUAUGUCACUCAAUGAUGAUAUAUUUUCCAUGGUAUUUCCAUAAUACCCCCUAAAAAACAUCUAUGACACAAUCCAUUCAGUACAACUACUGCAUUCCUACAUCUCAAAGGUCCAAACGUUAUUGUCUGUUAGUUAAGAGUACUUCUAUCAGGAAGACUCGCAGACUUGAGUGAAAUUCAAGAUGACAUUUAUUUGAUGAAUAUAAAACAGAAAUGUAAUGUCUAACUUUGGCGUAAGCCCCGUCUGGCGGUCCGAAGAAGUUGUGCUCGGAACCGUCAUAUCCUGCCAGAUAUAGGAGGCAGGGGCGAGGAGCCAACCCCCAUGUAGGACGGGACUCAACUGGUGGUGGUGGGGUGGUGGAGGUUGCCGUGUUAGCUCACUGAAACAACAAUGUGAUAGAUUGUGAGCAGACUUAUAAAUCAACGGCUUACAUGUGAUUGGCUAGGAAUUACCCAGCUAAUGGUGCGAUGAUGUACAGCUGCUAGUCUUCCCGCUAGAACUACGCUGUGCUUACAUAUCUUAAGCAUACUGUCACAAACUGACAACAAAGUUAUCAUUAUACUUUAUUUGAUUUACUGCAUCGCAUGGAACAUAUCCUGAAUUCAUCUCCAGAGAACCUUUGGAGAGUUUCGUACUGAAAGGACAUCAAUUCAAAGAGUAAGUGGAUUUUGAAUACACAAUUUAUUUGUUUUCCCAUUUUGAGCAAGGAUUAUCUUUCCACUUUGAUCCUGCCAAGCCACAGCCAAGAUCUAAAGUGGGACAUCUAUUCUGAGACAUCUGGAUUUAAAAGGUGAGAGGCAACCAAGUGGAAUCGCCCAUGUCUUUUUCUCUGCUCAAAUGUGAAUCUGAUUGGACGCAGUGGAGCAAACGUUCUUAACUUCUUGAUAGAUGGACAAAUCUCUCUUUCUCAUCCCUCCCUGGCAACCAACAGCUGCGCAGCGACACUUUGAGUCUUUUUAUAAUGGAAAAAAAAAAUUAAGGAUGAGAUCUUUGAAUGGUGACUAUGUUCUAUAAUUCAUAAUUUGCUUUUAUCCUGUGGAUGUGUACAAAAUAGAAGAGGUAAAAGAAAUGGACCAAAAAUAUGCCAUGUGCACAAGCAAAGAAUAGUGGAUUCUACACUGGCACAGACAGCAAAUGAGGUGGACUUAAUUUCUAAAUAAACGCAAACUUUUAGUGGCAAAAAUAAAUUUUGUAGUUGUUGCACAUGUUUUGAGCAUUAUUUAUGUACCGUUAUCCCAUAAACUCUGGAUUUCUUUCGGAUUUCUAGGACUGAAAUGAGCAUGAAAUAUGAAAAGCAUCAUGGUUUGUCUACAGUUUUCACAGCAGACUAUCAAUGACUUCCAAUUCAAACAAGGGGGCAGAGAUAUGCGAUCACAAAGUUUAGAUAUUGUAAAUGUAUCAAAAUAUUUACUGGAAAAACCAUCUGUACAAAAAUUUCCCAUGUUAUUUUGAUUUGGAUGAAACCUUUAGGAAACGUGUCCGUUGUGUGUUCCAAGAGUGAAUAUAGUUGUGCUGGUCCAACAGAUGACAUAUCACAUUUACGAUACAUCUACAGUACACUUUUAUGAGUUUGUGAAGGGGGGAGGGUUUUGGGGAUUUGGUGUUUCCAUUUUGUUUUUUGUUUUUUGCAUUUCUGUCUCUUUUGUGUUACUGGUUAAAACAGCUGUACAGUGUGAUAAAUGUGUAGUAAAAGUGAAGUUUAAAUAACAACGUACAAUCAAGCGUGGGAUCCAGCACCUUUAAUGGAAAGUGUUACUGAAUGUAAGGUUGUUUGAUUGUAGACGGCCCUGCAAUCAUCCUGACCACUCAACGGCCUGAUCUGCUCAAGAUAGAUCCCACUUUGUGGCUCAUUCA